ACAGCGGAAGGAACUUUGACCAGCGCUAGUUAGCAGCCGGCUAGCUGUUUACUGUAUUGUUUUCUUCUUUUUUUUUGUUUAAGUGUGUUGUGGCAUAUGCAGAGAGAUGUGGUUUAUUUAUUUACUAAGCUGGCUUUCGUUGGUGGUCCAGAUAUCCUUUGUCACUCUAGCAAUAGCUGCUGGCCUGUACUACUUGGCAGAACUAAUAGAAGAAUACACAGUAGCCACCAGUCGAAUAAUAAAGUACAUGAUACUGUUCUCGACAGGUGUGCUGGCAGGUCUUUAUGUUUUUGAAGGCUUCCCAGUGUUGAUGGUGGUAGUCGGCCUCUUCACAAACCUGGUGUACUUUGGCCUCCUACAGACCUUUCCCUACAUACUCCUGAGCUCCCCAAACUUCAUCCUGUCCUGUGUGUUGGUGGUGGUGAAUCAUUACAUGGCCUUCCAGUACUUCGCACAAGAGUAUUACCCAUUCUCAGAGGUGCUGGCGUACUUCACCAUUUGCCUGUGGGUGAUUCCCUUUGCCUUCUUUGUGUCAUUGUCAGCGGGAGAAAAUGUACUUCCAUCCACCAUGCAGCAAGGAGAUGAUGUGGUGUCAAACUAUUUCACUAAGGGCAAACGGGGGAAGAGGUCUGGAAUCCUCCUCGUGUUCUCUUUCCUCAAGGAGGCAGUGCUGCCCAGUCGACAGAAAAUGUACUAAGGAGCUCGAAUUUGGGGUACAGCCUGGGUCAGGGCUGGGGGUAUGUGAAUGUGUUGGAGAUCGAGGGAAAGCAGGAAGGACAGUGGAAAUCGUUCAUGGAUGGGACUAAAU